AUGACCCUGCCGGUGUUCAUGCUGCCACACCAGGUGCCUGCGCAGUGUUGUGCACUGCAGCCUGCAUGUCCCCAGCCUGGAAAAAACAUGCCAGAUGACUGGCAAACCGCCCCACCCCACCUGAAGUCCGCAAGGAAAAAUGUGUCUUCAGACAAAGUUGACCCUGGUCUGAGUCGGGGCUGGUCAUAUUUUGUCGAAGAAUGUGGAUUCAAGUUGUUUAUGAAGGAUGCAGGAACACUGCCUCAAGAGGUAUGGGUUGAUGAUCUCCACCGGCACCUCUGCCUUCGAACACAUCUACAUAAGUGGAAAGAUGCUCAAAUUCAUGCUGUUAUCAUCAAGAACAUUGAAAUCAAUGUAUCUGUGGCUGCUGAGCACUAUCACAGAGCCUGGAACGCAUUAAGCACUCUUGCACCUUCCCUUGCCAGGUACACGUGGACGACAGAGCUGCCAAAGUUAGAGGAAGGGGACAUCCGAGGGAUAGGAGAUAGCACGUUUGGAGAGUCAAGCGGGAACCGCACCUUGUCGUGGAUAUGGAAAGUGCAAGGUGUAGCUACUGCAGGGAUGUAG